UGGAAACCAACAUGGCGGCCUACAGUACAGGAAGCGUUUAAAUGGGAGAAGUCAAGAAUAACGAAGGACUUCUGUAAUUAUGCUGAGUUUAUCCAUAAAAGAGGUGUCUGCAGCUCUGAGGGAAGGAAAGCUCUCGGCUACGGAGCUGUGCAGAAAAUGUCUGCAGCGCAUCAAGAAGACACGCCACCUCAACGCCUACAUCACUGUUACAGAGGAACUGGCAAUGAAACAGGCACAGGAAGCGGACGACAGGCUGCUCAGAGGUAAACCUCUUGGCCCACUGGAUGGGAUUCCUUUCUCCGUAAAAGACAACUUCUGCACGGAGAACGUAGAGACGACGUGCGCCUCUCGCAUGCUACGCGGUUAUUGUCCUCCGUUUAACGCUACAGUGGUCCAGAAGUUACUGGAUCAGGGGGCUGUGCUCGUUGGGAAGACCAACUUGGACGAGUUCGCUAUGGGAUCGGGCAGCACUGAUGGAGCGUUCGGUCCUGUGAGAAACCCCUGGAGUUACGCUGCUCCGUACCGGACGCUCGGCCACGGAACAGAUCCGGAGUCUGAUUGGGUGAUUGCAGGCGGGAGUUCAGGAGGAAGUGCAGCCGCUGUGGCAUCUCUGAGCAGUUUCCUUGCACUGGGCUCCGAUACGGGCGGUUCCACUCGUAACCCCAGCUCCCUGUGUGGCGUUGUGGCUCUGAAGCCCAGCUACGGUCUGCUGUCUCGUCACGGCCUCAUCCCCCUCGUCAACUCCAUGGACGUCCCGGGCAUCAUGAGCAGAAGCGUCCACGACGCCGCCAUCACACUCGGAGUUCUUCAGGGUCAGGAUGAAAAAGACUCGACUACAGUCCAGGCUCCUCACUCUCCCACUGCUCUCCCUCAGGAGUUCGACGUCAGGGAUCUCUGCGUGGGCGUCCCAAAGGAGUACCACGCUCCGGGUCUGUCGGCCGAGACGCUGUCUCAGUGGACCCGUGUGGCGGCCAUGUUUGAGCGAGCUGGAGCGCGGGUGCGUGAGGUGUCUCUCCCUCACACUCAGUACUCCAUCGUGUGCUACCACGUGCUCUGCUGCUGCGAGGUGGCGUCCAACAUGGCGCGCUUCGACGGCCUGCAGUACGGUCACCGCAGUGCAGUGGAGAGCUCGACCGAAGCGCUGUACGCCACCACACGGCACGAGGGCUUCAACGACGUCGUGCGGCGUAGGGUCCUCUCGGGAAACUACUUCCUGUUGAAACAGAACUACGAGCGCUACUUCGUGAAGGCUCAGCAGAUCAGACGUCUGAUCACGGAGGAUUUCCGGCGCGUGUUCUCCUCGGGCGUGGACGUCCUCCUCACGCCCACCACGCUGAGCGACGCGGCGACCUACUCCGACUUCAUCCAGGAAGACAAUCGCACACGCAGCGCUCAGGACGACAUCUUCACCCAGCCGGUCAACUUAGCAGGUCUCCCCGCCGUCACCGUCCCGGUGUCCCUCUCCAGCCGAGGACUUCCUGUCAGCCUGCAGCUGAUUGGCCGGCGCCUCCAGGACAGGAAGUUGCUAGCGGUGGCUCACUGGCUGGAGCGGCAGCUGGAUUUCCCUCUCAUCAGAUUUCACGGAGAAGACGACGCACAGGAGACGAAAUCGGAGCGGAACAGAGCGCGAGAACGCACGUCAGGGUCGUGAACGAUUACGUCAGGGUCGUGAACGAUGACGUCAUCUCGUACGGCUUUUUUUUUUUUGUUUGUUUGUUUUUCUUUCGACGUCCAGGGGCGGGUCAAAGCGUUCCACGGGUUUUUCUCUUCACGAUUGUGAGGAUGUAGAGAUAUUUAACACACGAACUUAAAGCCACUUUGUCUUAAAUGGUCCCCAAGCAAAUGUUUUCUGGAUUCUGAUUGGUCAGAAGGAGUUGACUGCUCGUUCACAAGGACCUGUACGCCUGGACUCUCCACAUCUAAGGCUAAUGAUAACCAAAAAAAAACGUGUUCAACAACAAAAACACAACAUUAAAGGCAACUUUAGACAGAUAAAAAUGUCAUUCUUUAUUCAAUUUUCUUUUAAAUUGUCAGCUGUGCUAUAAGAGACAUACAUAUAGCGUGCUGGAAAAUCAUCAACUUCCUGGUAGUAACCGAUAGCGACUCCACGUCAUGCGUGUAGUGUGAGAUGAGUGUGGUCAGACACAGAUAAGAAGCGGGUCAGUUUAAGGGAAAGGAAGAGUUUCUUUCUGGCUUCGUACGUACUCUAUAUUAUAAAUAAAUAAAUUAAUCAGCAGUAAUAUAGACUUUAUCUUAUAAUAAGGUUAUCAUUAAGUAAUUAUUUCUACACCAUAGGUCUAGAUCUUAGGCAUGCUACUGGCACAUGAUUUAGCUUCCUUCUAGAAAUAAGCACUUAAGUGUGACAACCUAAAAUACGAUCUAUUCUCAGCCUGUGAUCCUGCGUUGCAUCAGACUGACCUAAAUUCCCCAAACUAGGCUGUUCCUGUGGUGUAUUAGACUUUAAAGAAAGAAACACUGGGUGCCAAUAUUUUUACUUAAAAGGUGCUUUGUUGGAAGACUCGCAAGGUGUACUUUAAAAACACACUGAAGCUCUCAAAAGGUUGUGAAAGUACACGGAUCGCUCAUCUAAAUAAAUCCUCUUGGGGGGAGGGGGGGUUUCAGUUCUCGACUCAGAGUCGAGGUUAAAGGUGUAACUCGCCCUUGUACAAAUGACCUCGAAAAUGUUUUACGAAAUAAUGGUUCGGUCCCAGGCUGAGAAAACCCGCGUUACUAUCCAGGAGCUAACCUCCUCUUAAUCAUUUUAUAGACAUGCCCCCAAAUCCCUUUCGCUCCGCCCCCGUGUCGGUCUGAAUCCGGUAAGCGCCCAGCACAGCUGGAUAAUUCACCUGCGAGGGCAGUCCUUUUCCUUUUCCAAGAUGGAGUCA